AAUGAUUAAGGAACAUCGGACGUCUUACUACAUUUCAUUCCCUCUGUAGCGUUAAGGUGCGAUUGUACCUCCAAAAAGACGAAACUGUAAGUAAAGUUUGUGAGGAAAAAUAAAGCGAAAAGCAUCGUUUAGAUAACAACGACUGGAAAAGAUCUCUACACAAACUGAUUUCAAAUAGAAGAAUUUCAAUUUGAAGUCAGCGGAAAAAAGAUACAGAUAGAGGAUGAUAUCCAUUCACAGAUUUCUUCAAUUAUUAUCAAUUCUAUGGACUGCUAUAAUUUUCACAGAAGGAACUUUAACUGUCACAUAUGAAUUUGGAGAGGAUUGCUCCGUUUCUUUGGAUGACGUCAGUGAGAAUAGGCAAAUUUACGUUGAAUAUAAAGGGGAAAAGGUUUCGACUUGGUGUGAUUACAUGUCAUUUAAUGGAAGAGGAUAUAACAUCUUGGAUGAAUAUGAAAUCUGUGUUACACCAAUAUAUUUCAAUGACCCCUACUGUUCUGUGAGAUUGGAUUAUAAAUCUUCCUAUGGUGGCCGAACACUACAGAGUGUUAGUUGCGGGGAAAAUGUCUACAAAAAAUUUUGUGGCUCUCAGGACGACUACAUGUACAUAUUUUUUGAGAAGCGUGGGAGAAAAUCGACACAAAAUGCUAAGUUCAAACUUCACAUUACUGCUACAAAAGUUUUUGAUUAUAAAAAAAAUAAGAAGAAUCUCGUCGGAGCUAUCGUAGGAGGUAUUGUGGGGGGUUGUGUUUUCAUUGGACUUUUGAUUGGUUGUUGCUGCUGGUGUGCGUGCAAGCGAAAGUCAUCGCAAGGCCAGGUUUUAGUACCAACUCAGGAAAAUGCAGUGCCUAUGGUAAACCAAUCAACUUACCAUUAUCCAUCAUAUAAUGCACAAAAUCCAAGUGGUAACACCACCGUGUAUCCGCCAGGCAAUUAUGCAACACAGUAUACGCCUCAGUACAACACACAAACACAGUACAAUUCACAACCACAAUACAACACACAAACAGAGUACAACACACAACCUCAGUACAACACUCAACCAGAGUACAACACACAACCUCAAUAUAACCCACAGCCACAGUACAAUACAGAAACUCCAAAUCAGUCCUCAGAAACCAGCAGAUGGCAUGAACCGGAUAAAUCGCCCUCAGCCCCGCCCCCUAGCUAUGAUGAAGUAGCAUAUAAAUAGCUUUUCUAUUAAACUAUGUUUUUUUUUUUUCCCUUUUUUUGAAUUUCAUAUUUAAAUUUCGAUGAAAUGCAUGUCCAAAAAGUAUGCAAGUGUGAGUUUAUUGAUUUUUCUUUAAUUUCUUAUCAUUUGAAUAUUUUGAUGAAUGGUCCCUUUCUUUCUGUCUAUACUAUUAUCUGAAUGUUUUCAUUUACUCCAAUGUUAACACUGUUGUGUGAACACACCUGUGCUGCAACCUUUAUCCUUUAGCGCAUUGUAAGGUACAUGGCACACAUUUUGUUUUAUAAAUUGUCAUUUAACAGUAGAUACUAGUACCUGAAAAUGAUCGGUUUUUUUUAUUGUUUUCUAUUUUUGGAAAACACAACGAACUUUCUUAUUUAGAACUGACGCUUUCCAUGACUUCAAACAUUAUUGUUAUCUCAAUGGCUAUAACGAUUCUAACCUUUAACGAAAUCAAGAGGGUCCAAUAUUAAUUUCACAGGAUCUUCAUGAACAUUUCAUGAGCAGAUUCAAGAAUAUAUUUAAAGCGAAGCAAAGUUGUUCAUGUCUAGGACUUUUUGUGAUACAAUAAUGUUCAUGUAAAGUGAAUAUCUUAAAAAGUUCCUCUUGGCUUCUUCAUAAAAACAUUUAGAAAAAUUAUAACAAAAAAUACUUCCGUGUGUAAAACAUAUACCGGUAUAAAAAAAUAUUUCAAAAGGGUAAUUUUUAUUGUGAAUCCUCCUUUUUUAUUUAAAGGAAACAUUUAUGUAGUUAACAUAAAUUGUAUUUUGUUAAAUUUAUUUAACUUUUGAUUUACUGGAAUUUCACAAUAUUGCCAGGUUUUGUAGUAUCUAACUUGUUGUUUGUUGGUU